AUGGAUUUACAACGCGAGGACAUGCUGGUGCUCUUGGACAAGGCCAAAAAACAGUGGUCUAGCAGCUUUCCACCAGUUCGCAACGGCGAAGAGAUCGAUUGGCGUCAGCGCAAGUGGCUUCUGUGGAUGACGUUCCAUGAGGAUGGGGUCCUCAAAAUCGCGGAGGGCAGGCUCAAGAGAGACCAACUCAGCACUGCAGAAGGGAAGAUAGCUUUUGAUCGCCAGCAAUGUGAACGAGAUCUACGAGAGGCGCAUGGACCCGGUGAUCAAGGAGAGCACCAUUCGCCGGAAGAUCAAGUCGGACUGAAGAGUUACGGCUACGACGGCAAGGAUAUCAACAUGAGGCAGAUGAUGCUGGACAGUCUUCCUGAUCUGUACGGGUAUGAGCAGCUGCGCGGAACAGUGAAGUACGAGUGUUCGGCGGAGAAGCUUCUGGAUGGACCCCGGGCAUUGGUUGAACAAGCCGCAAGGGAAAUCUAA